AAUUUUAACAUAAAUAAGUUAUAAAUGUCAGAUAAGCCUCCCAGACCCAAUAGGAUAAACAAGUUCAAGAACCUUGUCAGCAAAAUCAAACAGAAAGAGCUAGAACAGAAGGGAAUAAUAGCUCCUUCAAUUGAGAUAUCAUCAAAGAAUAAGAAGAUACUCCAGGAAACAAUUGACCUUCUUCAAGGAGACUAUUUCUCAAGCAAUGAUAGUUGCGAAUAUAACUCUCACGGUAGCAUCACGAGAAAAUGCUUGCUCUCAGAACUCCAUUCUGAAAAGAAAUCUAGAAGAGAGAAAAAGGCAUUACGGCGAAGAAAGAAUACUUAUGACUUCUUCGAAGAUGACAAAAUUGAUAGAAAAUUAAGAAAGGAAUUGAACAUUUUCAAAGUUAAAAGAUCCAUCCGAAUUAUCUCAGAUGCCAUGCUCAAGUUUGGCUUGAAGAAGAAGGAACGUAAACAAGUCCAAUUGAGAAUCUUCGCACGUGACCAUAUGAAAUCUAUCCUGACCAUUCAAAGAGCAUUCAAGAAUUUUAUAAAUAAGAGAAAAGAUAAAGCUCGAUAUCACAUUAGAUUUUAUUAUAAGAAAUUAUUCGUUCAAACCUUAAUAACCGACCUUAAACAUGUAGAAGUAGAAUUUGCUAACAAAAGAGAAGAAGAACGCCAAAGAAGAGAGGAAGAACUAGAAAGAGAAAGGCAAGAAGAGCCAGAGUCCUUUCAGAACCACAGCAUUGCUGAUAAUAAUAAUGAUUCGAACUGGUCUGAAAACCAUUCACCAAGUUUCGAGUUUACCGCUCCUUUAGACACUGAACCUAGGUCAGAGACAAACCUUUCAGUGGUAAAUGAGGAAGAAAAGAAGUCUGUAAAAGAAGAGAACAAAAUAGAUAUCACCACAAGUUCGAAUGAGGUAGUAGAUGACAAGAUGUUUGGACAUAUCAAGGGAAAUCUGAGCUCUAAUGCUGAUCCAAAUUACCUCAAAAGUAGUGAAGUUUCACCCUAUAAUUUUGAUCCGAAAGCCUUAAGUAUGGUGAAUAAAGAGAUUAAAAUUCUUAAGCUACAUCAUGAUUCUAAGAAAUCUACAUAUAUCUUCAAAGAGGAAGAUGAAACUAUAAAUAUUCCUAGGUUCAGAGGUCUGACGAUGAAGCAAGUAGAACAAAAGUUCUCUUGUGUUGGUUUAGAUCUAUUAAAAAACCAAAAAAUAGAGGAGGAGGAAAUACCACAGAACGAAGAGCCUUACUUGGACCAACUAAAAUAUCACAAACAAAACCUUACUCCAGCCCAAAAAGUGAGCAAAGAGUACAAAAUGCAGAAUUCUCAGAAAUAAAUAUUCUAAUUUAUCUACAACAAAUUUUCUAGU